UCGAGGGUGGCUCAGACGCGAACGAACUCAUUGUCGACGAAUACACGCUGGAUCUUCCUAAUUCACAGUCUCUGCCACGUGAGAUACUCGCACAGGGUUAGACGAUGGCGAACUCAACCAGGCACCGACCUUCUCUACCUGUGACCAGCCCACCCAUCUCAAAAAAGUCCCGGUUUCCGAAUAUCACAGUUGCGCGGCGCAGGCUGCGCCAUCCCAGGACACCACGACCAUGUCUCUAUUUGAACAACUUUGGACAUCUUACCAGUGGCAAAGAGGACUACUUGGCCUAUUCGUCGAAAAUCUCCUCAAUGGAAUUCUCGGCUCCGUCGUAUAUGCAGCCGUACACUAUGUCCACUAUAGACUGACCGUCUCCACGUGGCGCAUGCUCGCGAUCUUUGACGACGACGACGACGAAGUCGCUUGGUGUCAUGUGGCCUUCACCGAUGUGAUUGGCGUGAUCCUUGCUCUGAUACGUUGGAACAGCAUAGGGAAUCUUGUGUUCAUGGGUGAACUCUACAACAGCUUUGGGUACUGUUACGGGACAUCAAUUGGGCUGUGUAUCGCAGUACACUAUGCGCAAGCCCUCAGGUCAUGGCCUAAGGUCAGGAUUCGUCUUGUCUGAAGAGAGAAGAAAGGAGCCGUGGGAAGUGACGAUGAAAAGGUUUGGAAUGUUCAGGUGUAGAAGGCGGAAAGAGGGGGAGAACCGAACAAGCUCGAUGGUCGUCUGCGGCUGUAGGUCGCCAG